CAAAGUUUUCCUUUUUUCUACGUUACUGAAAUGUUACAAACGAUUAUAUAAUAUUUCGACGAAAAUAUAAUUUUCAAUCGCACGUCGCAGUGUUCCGUUAAAAACAAAAAGAAAAGAAAAUCAUAACAGAAAUUUAAUACUAUUCGAAUUUGCGAUUAAUUAUUUUACGAAGGAAAAAAUAUACAAGAAGGAAGAAUUUCUACAUUGUCAUCAUCACGAUUAUUUAUUAUUACUUUAAUUAUCGUUAUGAUAUGAUACGAACGAUGUGAUAACUACGGCAUAGUCUAUAAUCAUAUUACGUAGUUUCUAAACGUUUGGAACACCGUUAGAAAAAAAAAGAAAAGAAAGAAGUCUUAAGAAACAAUAUCAUUGAUGUUCCAUAAACAAGUAAUAUAUAGAUUUCUUUCGAUUUUAAAAUCGAAUUUAUUACCUUUGGAAGAAUCUUAAAAGUAUAUAUUAUGUCCAUUAACUGUCAAACUCGUCAUAAAUCUUGUACACAUUUAAUUACACGAAGGAAAAAAAAAGAAGAUAGAAUAUAUUAUGCAAAUCCUUGCAAGUUAUGCAAAACAUUUCGGGUUUCAUUUGAAAUCCAAACAUUUUUUUUAAGUGAGAAUUAAUAAAGAAAUGAAAUAAUUUCGAUUCGAACGGGAUGAAUUAUUUAAUAAAUAUGAAAAUAGAAAACGAUUGGAUACGAGUUAGAAAAAAGGAAUAGUAAAGGAGAUUCUAAUGUGAUAAUAUUAUUAAUGAUUAACAUGAUAGAGAAAAAGAAAAGGUACAUUCACUUCUAACUUCUAAACGAAUCGACGGACAACGUACAAUACAUACGAUCAUCGGACCCCGUUAGCUGGGGGCGUUCCUUCGGUUCACACCUGUCGGACUUGUAGAGGCCACCGCUCUAACAAGAUAUCGAGCUCACACAUAUCCCAAUGGAAAGUUUCGUUUCGAUGAGAACGCUUAGUCGGCCGUUCGGGAUAGUCCGGAACGCCACGCGACGGUUCGGUUGCGUUUCGGCGGCAUCGUUCGUCGAUCAUCGUUAUUCCGGUUAGUACAAUUUCUUCACGUCGUACAUUUUAUUCGAUUUAAACGAUUAAGGAAAGAGCCAAAUAGGAAGUCUACUUUUGGCGUGUAAAAGGGGACCGGAAAGAUACCGGAUAGCAUUAUUCGUAUUCUAUCGUCCGCAUACGAAGGAGGAACGCGAGCAGGAUGUAAUAAGGAUAUCCGCAUUGAUCGAAAGCUUAGCAAAGUAAUCGUGUAAUUUUUCGAAUGUUUUAAUCACACGCCAAUUAUAUAUAUAUAUAUAUAUAUAUAUAUAUAUAUAUAAAUAUAUGUGUGUGUGUAUAUAUAUAUAUACACACACAAGCACACAUACGCGAGUGUAAUACGCGUAUAUGUAUAUAGGCAAGCGUAAACCAAUUUGGAAGAAAAAAGCAAUUGAUUUUUAAUUCUGUUUGCUUCGACGAUUAAUUAUUUUUCUUCGAAGACACGUACUUCAUACGUAUAAAGCUCAUAUCGGUGCAAAAUUAAAAUACGAAAUGAACGUUAUGAACGUCUGAUGAAAUACACAGUGAAGAUACGGAAUACGAAAUCAAAUGAAACAGUCAUCGGAAGGAGACAUGCACGUAACGCGAAUUACAGAGGCGAGAAUGCUCGGGGAGAAAGUGUGACUUUCGUCGAGAUAGAAGGACACCGAUAAGCUUCGUUCGAAAGUAACCAAAGGAAGAAAAGAGGAAAGGAAGAUAUCGAGGAAAAAAUAUAUAUACAUAUAUUUUCCGCCACGAUUCGUACUCGAGACGAGGAAUGUACGAAAAAACGAAACGUCGUUUUCCGUGAAAAAUAAAAGUUUUUUUAGUGACUUAAUACUUCGAAUUCAUCGUGAAUGGAUGCGUCGAGAUUGCGCGGAGAACGAGCAUAAAUCGUCCUCUGAAAGAAAAUAUUAAAAAAGUGCAUCUUGACAAUAUUCGCGAAAAAAAAGAAAACUCAAUAAAUAAAUAAAUAAAUAAAUAAAAACUGUUGCUCUUCGAACUGUUCAUAUUGUAAUAAAUGAAGAAAUGAUGUAGUGUGCAUGUUACAUGCUAUCGAGAUCUGACAUAGUAUAUCUAUUUGUUAAUAAGUUAUAAAUAUUAAUGAAUUAGACUGAUAAAAAAAAAAGUAAAUGUAAAGCACGAUUUGAAAGGUGAAAGAAAGAAAAAAAAGAAAGAAAAAAAGGUAUAAGACACUUAGAACGUAAAAGGAUCAAUCGAGGAGAAGAGAUAAGGAGAAGAAAAAAAUCGAAAUUAUUAAUUUGCGGAGGGCGUAAAGGUGUUUUACCAAAGAGUUUUAUCGUACCAACACAUUCGCUCUAACGUAUAGGGGAGCUUGAAAGCUCUGGUAAAAGGGCGCAACUCCUCGAGUGGCCCAUUUCCCGUUAUCGUGAUAAACUCUUUGACAAUCGGUUCGGUGCUCGGCAAAAACUGGGGUGAAUCAGUUGCUUCGCGGUACUCAAGCGCGAUGAAUGGAGCAAUUGCGACGCCGUCGCCGUUGUCAUCGGCGUCGUCGUCGUCGUCGUCGUCGUCAUCGUCGUCAUUGUCAUCAUCGUCGUCGUCGUCGCCGUUGUUACCCUUCUCCUUUUUCUCCUCCACCACCUUCUUUUUAUCCUUCUCCUUCUCUUCUUUUUUCUCCUCCUUCUCCUCCUCUUUCUCCUCCUUCUCCUUCUCCUCCUCCUCCGCCGCCACCACCAUCUCACUAUUAUCGUCGUCUUCCGGCUGAUCGCAAGAGCGCCUAUACGAGGAAUAAUAAAAUGGACGUGGAACUGGUCACGCGAGCAUCCUUGACCUCCCUUCAAAAUGUAGACGACGGCCGUGUCGUCUCGCCCAACAGCCUCGACGAAUGGACUUGGUCCAGUUUAAGAAAACAAUUCAAAUACAAAAGCUUGGAAAAACUCUAUACCAGCUAUCAAAGAAGACUUCAAUAUGGUUACCUCUCGCUCUUUGUACUGGUUGAAAUAAUUUUGGGAUUUGUCUAUUGUGUCGUGUUAAUCACGAUGGUAAACAUCGAAGAAUGCUUUCCAGACGUGAUAGUUCACAGUAUAAUAGGCGCCUUACUUUGUCCCACGAUAGCGCUUUCAUUCAGAUCAAAAAUCAUCGCGAGGAAUACGUAUUUGCCAGUUUUGCUCUCGUGUUUGGUAGUUACGCUCUUGGUGAUCGGUGAUCUUAUGGUACCACUCUAUUACACUCUUGUGUACACCGAAGAUAUAGCACCGAUACGACCUACAUACGCAACGCACACGCUACUAGCAUGUUACGUCUUCCUACCACUAACGGAAAAUCUGCACGCUUUCGUGCUCGGCAUUACAGCGACGAUGUGCUACUUGGUUACUCUGUUGCUCAUCACUUAUAGAAAUACACCUGAUUACAUUAGCAAAAUAACCACCGAUGCCAUAUAUUACGUUUGCGUUAAUGGCCUAGGUCUUUACUUUAGAUUCAUGAAUGAGGUCGUCAUACGACGAUCUUUCCUUGAUCGUCGAAAAUGCGUCGAAACGACGUUGAAGCUUAACUAUGAAAAAGAUCAAGAGGAACAACUUACACGGAGUAUUCUUCCACAACACAUAGCCGCAAGAAUAAAAAAGGACUUUCGAGAUAUUUUUAAAUUUAUGGAAGAGCACAAAAAACCACCACCGAAAGGAAGACCACGAAAUGAUCUCUGCGUCGAAACGCACAAUAACGUUUCCAUUUUAUACGCCGACGUGGUCAAUUUUUCUGGCUUAACUCUCUCAUUACCCGUGCGAAAACUGGUCGAAACUCUGAACGACUUGUUUGGUAGUUUCGACGAAGCAUCCGAGAGGCAUAAUGUAUUGCGAAUAAAGUUUUUAGGCGAUUGCUACUAUUGUGUAAGCGGUGUGCCCACGCCGAACUCGCAACACGCCAAAAACUGCGUCGACUUAGGCCUCGAUAUGAUAAAAAUUAUCAAAGAAGUAAGAACCAGGGUUCGUCGAGAGAGCGGAGUAGACGUCAACAUGAGAAUCGGUGUUCACUCGGGCAAUAUAAUAUCCGGGAUAUUAGGCGCGAACAAGUGGCAAUACGAUGUGUGGUCGCGAGAUGUUGUGAUAGCGAAUAAGAUGGAACAAACCGGGAAACCUGGAAAAGUUCAUGUUACUCAACAGACUUUGGAUCUCAUUAACGCUACCGAAUACGACUGCGUACCAGUUGAAACAUUGAACGAUGAAGUUCUUAAUAAAUAUGGAAUUCGCAGUUACUUAAUUACACCCGCUCCACCAGAUACAUUGUUGAUGCAGAACAGCGAGAACACCUUGACGGUAAUUACACCGGAUACCUCGGCACCAAGCUGCAAGCAUUACGUCAAAUUCUUGAACACUGCACGACCAAGUGUAUCGUCAAGUGCACGGAGACGAUUGACCUCACCGAGUAGUGAUCACGCAGAUGUAUUUGCCGGUAGUUAUAGGCGCAGAACUCACUUCAUGGAUUCCUGUUUGAGGGACUAUCAUCUUAUGCUUAAAGCAGCAGACGCGGAAAUGGAAGAUGCUAUUAAGCAGAUGCCGCUUAGCAAAUGGGACAAACGUGUUUCUAGGCAAUGGACCAGAUGGGAACAUAUCAAUCCAAUUUUCCUCACAUACAAACAGUGGAAUUGGGAGAUACCAUUUCUGCGCGAGCCAGAUCCCCUUUUCAAAUUUUUUGUCGCAUGUACCGUAUUCGUACUUUUCUUCAUGGGUCUUAUAUCACUUGUACCAGCGAUCACGCUAUCAGAAUGGCAUACCGGCACGGCCGUCGGUUAUACGAUAAGCAUGUUGUUUCUUCUAACGCUAAUGCCUCUUACCUGGAUGCACUUCGCAUGGAAUCGUUAUAAAGAUCCACACGACGAGGGAAACGUUCCGAAUCCUCGUAACAAAUUGAUAUACUUUUUGUAUCAAACAAGCGUCAAGGUUGUUUGGAGCGCAUUGCUCAGGACAAUUCUCUAUUUGGUAAUAACGAUAAUGUUAGCGACAUGCGCUAUGUUUGAUAUGAUUUUUGAAUGUCAAAACGUGGACCAAUUGUCGAGUGAUAACGUAACAUCUAGUAUAGCACAAGUGGGUGCCGCUAAACUUGAGUGUAUUUCUACACCCUGGCAAAUGACGGAAACCUGCUCUUUGGCCAUCCUUACGAGUUUUCUCUUCCUAAGAGUGCAUUACCUUUUAAAAUUACUGAUAGGUAUCGUAAUGGUAGCAUUUUAUGCAUGGAACGUUUGGAUAUAUCGUAACAAUAUAUUCCAGUCAGGCGAAACAUGGAAUCCAUAUUUGGAACCAAGAGUGGCACACAUUUUAAGCGUUGUCUUUCUCACACUUUCGCUGCACCUUAUUGAUCGUCAGGCAGAAUACUUGAGCAGAUUAGACUAUCAAUGGAAACGACAAUUGACGCUGGAACAGGACGAAGCUUUUCAUACGAGAAAUGCUAAUAAAUUAUUACUUCGUAACAUUUUACCAGAACACGUUGCGGAUUUCUACUUAAAUAUGGAUAGAACAGAAGGAAAUGAACCAUAUCAUCGUGCACAUCAUAAUGUCGCCGUAAUGUUUGCAUCCUUGACGGAUCUAUCGAUCGAUGAAAGCAAUAUCCUUAUCGACUUGAACGAUAUCAUAUGUAAAUUCGACAAGUUGUUAUUCGAACCAUACUACGUCUGUCGUAUUGAAAAAAUAAAAAUAGCAGGAACAACAUACAUGGCAGCUUGCGGCCUUGAAGCUAACCGUCGCGAUUCUAUGCAUAGCUUAGAAAGUGACGAAAAUUCUAGCAACAACGUGGUCAAAGUUAUGGCCGAAUUUGCAGCUCAGAUGAUGGUAGUUCUAGAUAGAAUAAAUGCUGAAUCUGUUUCGUCCAAACCAUAUAAAUUGAGAAUUGGCAUAUCGCAUGGUGAGGUUUCAGCUGGUGUUGUUGGAGCACAUAAACCUCUUUAUGAUAUUUGGGGAGACGCCGUCAAUAUGGCAUCAAGAAUGGAUACUACAGGAUUGCCAGGCAAAAUACAGGUAACAGCUGAAACUGCUAACGUAUUGGAACAACAAGGUGUCAAAUGUCACUUACGCGGUGAAACGUGGGUUAAGCCAAAAGGAUAUGUCACGACGUAUUUCAUAGGUAUUGAUGAAAGGAGACAGCUUCAAAGAACAGAUUCUAUAGAAGAAACUAGUCUCUAACCUAUGAGUUAUAUGAAAUUAUUUGAUAAAAUUGAUUUAAAAAGUGAUUUGAAUAUUCACUUCAAUAAUUUGGACUCUUGAAGAAUGAAAUAUCAAAACGCACAAAAGAAUCAUAACGUACAGUGGGACAAACACCAAAGACAGCUCAGGAAGAAUGAAAGAUAGCAUAAAUAAUUAAAGAAUAGAAAAAUUGCUAUAGUAUUAUGUUCAAUCUACGACUACAACAAAUAUGAUUGUUCAAUUCCUUAUCUCAUUCUUUAAGUGGAGUUUAUACUCGCACGCUUAUUGCUAUCAAAACAAAUCCUAACCUAAAUGAUUUUACCUAUCAUUUGUGUUUUUCUUUAUAUUUAUACAUAAUAUUUUGUAUAGUUAUUUGACCUUUCGAAAGAUCGUAUAUAUUAUAAAAAUAAGUAACUAAUAAUUAACAAAAUGUAUAUUAAGAGAAUUAUCUCUUAAUUUACAAAUGGUAUUUUGAUGCUAAUUAUUUUUCUAAUCGUUAGUGUAUUACAUUACUCUAUCAUUGACAUGAUUUGAAAAAUAAUUGGAAAUAAGAAAUGAUUUAUCUAUUAUGUUAUCUAAAGAUAAGAUACUAUGUAGUUGUUGUUGAAGUAUAAAAAUCAAUGAAUCAGUGGAAAAUAAUCAUCAGUGAAGAUGUUGAAUGUGUAUAAGCAUAUAACAAUGAUGCAAGCUCACUCACAUAAAUUAUUUUUUAAUUAAUACUGUUUAAUGACAGUAUAUUUUUAAAUUAUAUACACAUAUAUGUCUUAUUUAUUUCUCAGUGUGUAAGUUAUCAUGAAUCAUCAACGAGAACUGAAAUAACAUGUUUAUUUUUUCAUCUUAUUCAAUGAAUGUAAUGA